AUGUGCCAUUCAUUUUUCAUCAAAUCAAAACAGGGAAAGAUGGGAGUGGCUCUUUAUUUGGACACCAUAUUCAUCCCUUUGAGUCUCUUCAUCACAGUGAGUUACCAUGCCUAUCUUUGCCACACCAUCAAAAACAACCCUUCACGUACAACUUAUGGCAUCGACAAGCUCCAAAGAACAACUUGGGGUCUUAAUUUAAAUCAGGGUGAUGCCAGCAAAGCUAUGUUGACAGUGCAGAGCUUGAGGAACACUCUUAUGUCCACAAUUCUGACAGCUUCCAUAACCAUUCUCAUCAACUUGGGUUUGGCAGCUUUGAGCAACAACACCUACAAUGCUAGCCAUCUCUUUAGCAGUGGGUUUUUUGGCUCAAAGUCAGAUAAAAUCUUUGUUUUGAAGUAUGGAUCAGCUUCAAUUUGUUUGGUGAUGAGCUUCGUGUUCAGCUCCAUGGCCAUAGGGUAUCUGAUUGAUGCCAAUUUUCUGAUGAAUGCAUAUGGGGAGUUCUUGUCAGGGGGUUACACACAAAACAUCUUAGAAAGAGGCUUCACCUUGGCUCUGGUGGGAAAUAGGGUGCUUUGUGUUGCUGUUCCUUUGAUGCUAUGGAUGCUGGGUCCUGUUCCAGUACUUUUGGCUUCCUUGGUGUUGGUUUUUGUCCUGCAUGAGUUGGACUUUGUCUGCAAAUCCCCUCACAACCAUAAGCAAUGUAUCAUUGCAUAA